GCGAGAAAGCAUAAAGUAAGCAGGUAAAAAUCAAAUCCAAGACACACUACAGAGAGCGUGAAUGAGAUGUCUUUUAUAUACGAAAAGAGCGUACACAUAGCCAACACUCUCAUCAAUAAAGCUAGCCUAUAUUAGUAGAUACCCAACCCAACGCCACAUAUCUCCUCCCACUCUUAUCUCCUCUGCAAUCUGAAAGCGGCAAGAAUGUCAGAGAAAGUGUGCAGCCACCACAAGAGCAAGAGGCGGAGGGUCCUCCGCAGGUGCUGCGCGGGCCUCCUCAUCUUCAACUUCAUCCUCCUCCUUGUGAUCCUCCUGAUCUGGGCUAUCCUCCAGCCCAAGAAGCCCCGCUUCAUCCUCCAGGACGCCACCAUCUUCGCCCUCAACGUCUCCGCCGCCAACGUCAUCUCCACCACCGUCCAGAUCACCAUCUACUCCCGCAACCCCAACUCCAAGAUCGGCGUCUACUACGACAAACUCGACUCCUUCGCCACCUACCACAACCAGCAGAUCACCUACUACACCGUCAUCCCCCCCGUCUACCAGGGCCACAAAGACGUCAACGUCUGGUCCCCCUUUCUCUACGGCAAUGACGUCCCCGUCGCCCCCUACAACGGCCUCGCCCUCGCCCAGGACCAGUCUAACGGCGCCAUCAAAAUGACCAUCAAAAUUGACGGCCGCGUUAAGUGGAAGGUCGGAUCCUUCAUCUCCGGCCGUUAUCACCUCCACGUCUCCUGCCCCGCCUACAUCCCCCUCGGCAACGCCAAAGCUAACGGAAUCAUCGUCGGCACCGCCGUUAAGUAUCAGCUCUCGCAGAGCUGUAGUGUAAGUGUGUGACCACCAUCCAUUUUAUAUACUUCCAUCAAUCAAUAAUUAAUGCUUGCUCUGAGGGAGGAGAAGAAACACAGAUUGAUUGAUGAAAUUAAGACAGAGCCUGUAUUUAAUUAUAUAUCGAAAAUUAAUUAAUAGGGGCGAUUUACCGUUAAUUUGGCAAGUAAUUAGUUGAGUUUCUCCUUCAAUUUUUAUGUUUCAGUUGUUUUUUCAGUUGCCUUUGUUUACAGAGGAGCAGAAAAUUGUACAUUUUGCCCGUGAAUAAAUUACAGUGAACUU